UUGCUGAUGGGCAUUUUCAGGAGGAGGCCUGGUCACUCUCAUUACAAGUCUUGUUACAAUAUUCUGAUUCUUGCUUGGAGCCUUGGACUGUGCAUCAACUCGAUUUUACAAUGGUAGAGACACUCAAGCUAUUGUAAAUGAAAAGCAUUGUAAGCAAAAGUUACCAUUUCCAAAAAGACAGGAUCUGUGGCUCAGCUAAAAAAGACAGGAAAUGGUGGCAGUGGUUGAGAACUGGAGUAUGGAUUGCCAGCACAAGAUCAUUUAAGGUCUUGUCAACUAAGAACAUAUUUUGCCAUGGAUGCUGCCUAUCCUGAAGUUUCUGUUGAGUUGAUGAAUCUUUUCCAUGAAAUAGACAGAAAACUUUAUUCAACCCUUGUUUUUGAGCUUGAGCGUGAUCCUAAGGUAUCUGUGAAUAUAAUUGCCUUAUGGAUUUGGUUGGAAAAGAAUAAAAUAAAAAAUGCUGUGGAUAAAGUCCUGUCAUCACCCAUAAAAUUGAUCAAUGGACUUGCUGAUGAAGCUCUGUCUUGCCUUAGAUGCAUCACAGAUGACAUGUAUCUGUUCUCUUCUGAUGCAAGUGAGAUUACGCUCACUCAAAAUGUCUUGGCAAAGCAGUUGUCUCUAAAAUUCUUCCAUGAAAACCGGACCAGUGCAUUAUCUGGCAUCAGAAUGGUUGUGGAGACUGUUUGUGUCAAGGUAUUGGACGAUCUCAUCCAAAUGGCCAUCACGAGAAACGCUGAACGACAGUUGCUCAAAACUCAAAUGGUCAUGAUGCCACCGCCUGUUGCUGAGCCGAAGGAUGCCAUGAUACCAAGGUUUGGAGGACUCCAAGUCACAGGUGAGUCAUCUCGGUCAGUGGUGCCUCCCAUGGAUCCCAUGACAUCAAGGUUUGGGGGAUUUGAAGUCACGGGUGAGUCAUCUCAGUCAGUGGCGCCUCCUAUAGAUCCCAUGAUAGAAAAAAGGUUUGGAGGACUCAGAUUCGCUGGUGAGUCAUCUCAAUCGGUGGUACCUCCCAUUGAUCCCAUGGUACAAACGUUUGGAGGACUCAGAUUCGCAGGUGAAUCAUCUCAAUCGGUGGUGCCUCCCAUUGAUCCCUUGAUAAAAAGGUUUGGAGGACUCAGAUUCGCAGGUGAGUCAUCUCAGUCAGUGGUGCCUCCUAUAGAUCCCAUGAUACAAAAAAGGUUUGGAGGACUCAGAUUCGCAGGUGAAUCAUCUCAAUCGGUGGUGCCUCCCAUUGGUCCCUUGAUACAAAGGUUUGGAGGACUCCGAUUCGCAGGUGAGUCAUCUCAACCGGUGGUGCCUCCCAUUGAUCCCAAGAUACAAAGUUUCGGAGGGCUCACGCUCACAGGUGAGUCGUCUGGAUCAGCGAUGCCUCCUUUGCGCAUGGAGGAGCCAAAAGACAACAGGACAAUGUAUGCUACUUUUUCAAAUGGCUAUCCUGUUUCUGAUUGGGAGCUUUGGAUUUACUUCAACAGAAUGUAUGGCGACUGUGUGGAGUCCAUCUCUAUGCAGCAGGUGGUAGAGCCCAAUGAUCAGUCGAUGUUUGCCCUGAUUGUCUUCACCUCUCCAAGAAUCGUUCACUUGAUUCUUAGAGGCCUGGAGAAAGCAUUUUUCACAAUUCAAGGCAAGGAAGUAUGGAUUCGCAAGUGA